AUUGCCCUUAGCGGCGACCAGAUGGCGAGUCUGCCGACACCCACUCCUUCUCUUUUACGAGAGUUCUACGUAGAGUUCACUACCUAUAAGGUUACAUCAUCGACGAUUUAAGUUCUAUUCGUGAACUUUUAAAUUGGUGAAAUUGAAAAAAUAUCAAGAUAUAAAUCAGUUACCUGGCCCAGGUAGUUUAGAACUGAUUAAAUUUUUUAUUUUUAGCAAAUCAACGGAAGAUAUUUUGAUCUAUUUGAUAAAUUUGCAAGAAAAAUAUGGUAAAAUAGUUAAAAUUUGGGUGAAACCAUUUCGACCACUUCUUCUCAUCGCCGACCCAAAGUAUUUCGAGCAUAUUUUGACAUCAAAAGAACAUCUUCAUAGAACCCAAAUAUACGAGAUGUUUAAUACUAUUAGCACAAUUGGAUUGGUAGCAAACAAAGACUUGGCAGAGUGGAAAGCAGAUAGAAAACUUUUCAACGCCAUUUUUAGUACAAAAGAAAUUGCAGAAAAUAUCAACUUUCAAAAUUUCACGGAAAAACUUAAAUCCAAAAUUGACACUAACGAAAAUGCCCCCUUAGAUAUACAUGGCAUUAUUAAUCGUUGGGCUAUUUCUGUUGUUAUUGAUUAUUUAACCAAUGACCAUUUAGAUGAAAACACAACUGAUAAAUUUAUUAGUGCUGUCGAUAUUGUUUUAAAAUUAACUGUUGAAAGAUCAUUUUCCCCACUCAAAUUUUAUGAUUGGUCGUAUAAAUUCACAAAAGACUACGAUAUUACCACGAAAAGCGCUUCUUACAUAAACAAAGUAGCACGUGAUAUUAUUCAAAAACAAACAGAAAUACGUAAAAAUCGAAAAGGCGUUAGAAAUGACUUUAUGGAUACUAUUCUUUCAAAAAAUUACAAUGAACAAUUUAAACAGGAUCAUCUAAAAACAUUUAUUAUAGCGGGUUAUGAAACGGUAUCAUCAACAGUAUCUUUCGCUUUGUUUGAAAUUGCUAAAAAACCGAACAUCCAAAAUAAAAUUCUAAAGGAGUAUCUCGAUAUUGUUGGUACAAACGACUCUAACAUUACAUCUUUUGAUAUCAAAUCAAUGAAAUAUACCGAAUUAGUUUUAAAAGAAACUAUGAGAAUGUACACUCCAGCUCCAAUGGUACAAAGAACAUUAAAAUCACCAGUUACUGUAGAGAAAUUUACUAUUCCAAGCAAUAUAGAUUUGAUAUUUUCAAUUUCCGCUUUACAUCAACUGAAUUUCCCCAACCCAAAUGAGUUUGACCCUGACAGAUUUUCUUUUGAAAAUAUAAAAAAUAUAAACGCUUAUGCUUACACACCAUUUUCUCUUGGGCCAAGAGAUUGCAUUGGACGACGACUUGCAAUGAUUGAAAUGAAAUACUUGCUUUCGUACAUUGUUAAAAAUUUUACAUUGCACCCAGUGGAACCUGAACACAAAUUAGAUUUGGCUCUGGAUUUAGGGUUGAAAAGUAAAAAUGGUGUUCCUAUUAUUUUCAAGAAACGCAUUAUUUAAUAAUUGCGUAAGAUUUAUAUUAUAA